CACUUCCAGCGCCAGAAGCUGAUGGCCGUGACCGAGUACCUGCCCCCGCGGCCGGCCAUCCCGCCCCGCUGCCUGCCCCGCACCAAGGAAACGCUCCAGGAGAUCGUCAGACCCGUGCUGUCCCAGUCCAAGUACAAGAAUCUCCUCCCUCUCUUUGUGGCGCGCAAUAUUCUGCUGGUGAGCCGGGAGACGAAGGUGAAGGAGAUGCUGCGGGUGCUGAAGGGGGUCCCGCAGGUCAACCUCCUGG